AUGCUGUUUAUUCAUAUAUGUCAUGGGAGACACAAGAAGUUAUGCAGGAGCCAGAAACCAAUUUAGCUGAUAAAGAUCAAGUUUCUUUUUCAACUGCAUCUGAUAUAAGUGAUGAAUACAUAAAUCCUAAAGGAAGUGACAGUUUUGAUGCUUCUUAUUUAUAUGCACAGUAUGGGAACCAAGGAACUUUACAACAAUCAGAAAAAUAUUUAGCCAGUAAGGACCAUGAUUCUUAUUCAGAUUCAUCUGACACAAUUGAUAGAAAUAAAAUUCCUAAGGGAAGUGACAAUUUCUCUUUUUCAAAUAUGCCGCUGAGCAAGCAGGGAGCUUCACACCAUCCAGAAAUAUGUCUAAUCAGUAAGGAUCAUGUUUCUUUUCCACAUGAAGUUGCUCCUCAUUUUAAUAAUAAAACGCCACAUUCUUUCUGGCAUUGUUUGUUGGGAUCAGGAGGAAGCGAGGUUCCCUCGAUGUCUGAUAGUCAUUAUUUUGAGUGUGUGUGUUUAAGGGCUCCUGUUGAGAAUGAGGUGAAACAAAAGGUGGAUUCUUUGGAGAGUUAUAAAAGAAAUGAAGAAGAUCUGGGGAAAGGAUUAUCUCAAUGUUUUGAAUUAAAGGAGAAUAGAAAUACUUUAGUGUUUUCAGGGGUGCAUCCCAGAUCUUCAGAAAUACAAUAUAUUGAGGAUGUUGUAGUUCCUGAUAAUUCUGUAGAAGUUUCAGAAGCACAUAUACUCUCCCGGGGGCUUGAUACCUCUACGAUGGAGAUUUCUGGUGGUCCUCUUCAGACUAUUAAAUCCAACUCGAAUGAGACAUCAGAACAGCUGUAUUUUCAAGAAGAAAGAAACCAAGAGGCAACUUCUGUUUUUGAUGGGAAAAAUGUUGAUGCUACGGAAAAUGUAGCUUUUCAGGCAGUUAUUGCCUCUAUUGAACCUUCCAAGAAAGAGAGUACAGUAAAUGAAAUCCAAACUGACAUCAACAAAUCUUUAACAAAUGACAGCCAAGAAAGUGAACCAAAAAGUCCAGAUCCUUCCCUGUUAAAUUAUGAUGAAAACCUUUUCUUUGAUAAACUUAGUCAUCCACGCUAUCAGUCUACUCCUGGGGUGUUUGAAUCAGGAGCUUCAAAACCAUUGUAUAAAAAGGAUGAUGGUGAUAGCUCCCUGUACUGGCAUCACAAUUUAAAAUCAAUCCCCAGUGCUCCUCAGGAAAUAGUCAUUAAGCCACUUUCUCUUAGUCCAGAGCUUAAGUCGUCAUCAUCUUUAAGUGAAAAAUCUCUCAGACAGGCUGUUGGUCUUAGCAAAACACGGUCAACUUUAUUUCAGUAUGGUAUAGACAAUGAACAGUUUCUUCCCAUUGGGAAGAUAAAGUCUGUUUCUGCUCUUGACCUUGCAGAGAAGUUAGGAUCUUCAAACAUUAUUUACCCAAUGAAAGUAUGGACUUCAGAUUCUUUGGUUUCACAAGAUUUAAAGCAGCACACCUUUGAAGAAGCUGCAGAUUCCUCAAACUGUAUUUUGGAGGGCCUGCAGGGGAAGGCUGAAUCUGACAUCUGUACUCUGGAUGAUGAUACUGAAUGCUGUAGCGUAGAUGAAAAUGCUGUUGUAUGCAGUAAAAGACAAGAGAUAUGUGACCAAGAUGACUUGACUGGUGAGUGCGUUGAGGUAGCAGGUUUAGAAAAUUUGCUUGAUGAUCUAGAGAUUUGUGACAGCUCCCUGCACUGGCAAUCUACUGUACAGCUACCAUCUAAGGAAGACAGCAGUUUUGGAGAUUCUGUAUGUCCUUCUAAUACGGACAUUAAUGAAUCUUUUUCAUCUCUGUUGCCUCGGUUUGUUUCUCAUGAGCCAACUAGAGAUUUGGAGUAUCACUCUUCAAAUCUCAGAAUGUUGAGGGUAUCUCCUGACACUGUGUCAAGGACUCUCAAACCUUUAACAGGGGAUACUUCCAAAGGAGGCAUAGCUGAAAUUCCUCAAUCCACCUUUAAACCAGGCAUCACUACCUUUCCUGAAGAUUCAGACACUGUAUCUCCUUUAUCCUUGUCCCCUGAGGACUUUCCUCAAUUGGCUGGAAGGUCUCCUCAAGUGAAGAAUAUUGGUGAAUAUACUGAUACUCUCAACCAGCAGACAUUAGCGGACAGUCGUCUAACUGAAGAGACUUUAAAAAUUUCAGCUAUUCCUGGCCUAGCUGACCAGAAGACUGGAAUAGCAGCAGUGUCCUCUGGUUCCUACUCACAAAGAGGGAAGCCAAAUAUCUUCUACCCACAGGCCUUGCCAGACAGUCAUCUAACUGAAGAGGCUGUAAAAGCUGGAGCUGUUCCUGGACUUGGUGACCAGAAGACAGGUGUAUCAGCCGUUCCUCCAAGUUCCUACUCACCUGGAGAGAAGCUCAGUGUUUUCUACCCACAGGCAUUGCCAGACGGUCAUCAGACUGAAGAGUCUCUGAGUGUUUCAGUUCUUCCUGGACUAGCUGAUCAAAAGACUGGAAAACCGAUAGUACCUGCUAGUUCUUACUCAGUUGGAGAGGAACCUGGUAUUUUCUACCAUCAAGUCUUGCCAGACAGUCAACUACCUGAAGAAGCUCUGAAAGUUUUGGCUUCUCCUAGACCAGUUGAUCAAAAGAGUGGGUUGCCUACUCUAUCCUCUACCUACUCAUAUGGAGAGAAGCCUCAUAUUUUCUAUCAACAGACAUUGCCAGAUAGUCAUCCAACUGAGCAGACUCUGAAAGUUUCAGCUGCUCCUAGAUUGGCUGAGCAGAAGACUGGGGUUCCUACUGUAACCUCUACUUCUUACCCAAAUAAAGAGAAGCCCAGUAUUUUCUACCAACCAGAAUUGCCAAACAGACAUCUAAUUCAAGAGGUUCAUCAAGUUUCAGCUGCUCCUGGAUUGGUUGAGCAGAAGGCUGGGAUAUCGAUAGUACCCUCUACUUCCUAUUCACAUAGAGAGAAGCCUAGUGUUGUGUACCAACAAGAGUUGCCAGACAGUCAUCUAAUUCAAGAGGUUCAGCAAGUUUCGGCUGCUCCUCGAUUGGCUGAGCAGAAGACUGGGAUUCCUACAGUACCCUCUACUUCCUAUUCACAUAGAGAAAAGCCAAGUAUUGUGUACCAGCAAGAAUUGUCAGACAGUCAGCUAAUUGAACGGUCUCAAAAAGUUUCAUCUGUUCCUGGACUGGCUGAGCAGAAGACUGGGAUUCCUACAAUACCCUCUGCUUCCUAUUUACAUAGAGAGAAGUCAAGUAUUUUCUACCAACAAGAAUUGCCAGACAGCCAUCUAACCCAAGAGGUUCAGCAAGUUUCAGCUGCUCCUGGACUGGCUGAGCAGAAGACUGGGAUUCCUACAAUACCCUCUACUUCCUAUUCACAUAGAGAGAAGUCCAGUAUUUUCUACCAACAGGAAUUGCCAGACAGCCAUCUAACUCAGGAAGUUCAGCAAGUUUCAACUGCUGUUGGACCCCUUGAACAGAAGACUGGGAUUCCUACUGUACCCUCUACUUCCUAUUCACAUAGAGAGAAACCUCUUAUUUUCUACCAGCAAGAGUUGCCAGAGAGUCGUCUAACUGAACAGGCUCAGAAAGUUUCAUCUGUUCCUGGAUUGACUGAGCAGAAGACUGGGAUAUCAACAGUAGCCUCUACUUCCUAUUCGCAUAGAGAGAAGCCCAGUAUUUUGUACCAGCAAGAGUUGCCAGACAUUCAUGUAAUUCAUGAGGUUCCACAAGUUUCAUCUGUUCCUGGAUUGGCUGAGCAGAAGGCUAGGAUUCCUGUCAUACCCUCUACUUCUUACUCACAUAGAGAGAAACCCAGUAUUUUGUACCAACAAGAAUUGUCAGACAGUCAUCUAACUGAACAAGUACAGAAAGCUUCCGCUGCUCCUGGACCCACUGAGCAGAAGACUGGGAUUCCUAUAAUAACUUCUGCUUCUUAUUCACAUAGAGAGAAGCCCAUUAUUUCCUACCAACAGGAUUUGCCAGACAGUCAUCUAACUAAAGAGGCUCAGAAGGUUCCAGCUGUUUCUGGACUAGCUCACCAGAAGAGUGGAAUACCGAUAGCGCCCCCUGCUUUCUACUCACAGAGAGGGAAGACCAGUCUUUUCCAUCAGCAGGAGUUGCCAGACAGUCAUCUAAGUGAUCAGACUCAGAAAAUUUCAGCUAUUCCUAGACCAGUAGAACAGAACACUGGGAUACAAACAGUACCCUCUAUUUCCUACUCACAUAGAGAGAAGCCCAUUACUUUUUACCAGCAGGAGUUGCCAGGCAGGCUUCUAACUGAAGAGGUUCUAAAAGUUUCAGCUCUUCCUAGAACAGCUGACCAGAACACUGGGAUAAUAACAGGGUCCUCUCCAUCUUACUUAUUUGGAGAGAAGCCAAGUGGUCUUUUCUAUCAGCAGGUGUUACCAGAUGGUAGUCUAACUGAAGAAGCUCUGAAAGUUUCACCUGCAUCUAGACCAAGUGACCAGAAGACUGGUAUCCUCCUACUCCCUGCUAGUUCCUACUCACAGAGGGAGAAGCCUGGUAUUUUCUACCCACAGGCGUUGCCCAGCAGUCACUUAUCUGAAGAGACUCUGAAAGAUUCAGCUGUUCUUGGACCAACUGACCAGAAGACUGGGACAUCAGAACCUUCUGGUUCCUAUUCACAUAGAGAGAAAUCCAGUAUUUUCUACCAACAGGAGUUGCCAGAUAGCCAUAUAACCGGAGAGGCUUUGAAAAUUUCAGGUGUUUCUGGAACAGGUGACCAGAAAACUGGGAUACCUAUAGUAACCUCUCCUUCCUACUCACAGAAAGAGAAGCCCAUUGUUGUCUACCAGCCGGUUUUACCAGAUACAUACCUUACUGAAGAGGCUGUGAAUGUUUCAGAUGCUCCUGCACAGGCUGACCAGAAGACGGGGAUACCCAUAGUAACCUCUCCUUCCUACUCUUACAACGAAAAACCCAUUAUUUUCUACCAACAGGCCUUGCCUGACAGUCAACUGACUGUGGAGGCUCUGAAGGCUUCAGAUGUUCCUGGACCAUCUGACCAGAAGACUGGGAUACCUACAGUACCACCUAGUUCCUAUUCAUAUAGAGAGAAGCCCAUCAUUUCUUACCAGCAAGAGGUGCCAGAUCUUACUCAGGUGGCUUUGAAAGUUUUUGAGGUUCCUGGACCAGCUGACCAGAAGAUUGGGAUACCACCAGUAACCUCUGCUUCUUACUCAUAUGGAGAAAAGCCCAUCAUUUCUUACCAACAAGAGUUGUCAGAUGCUAAUGAAGAUGCUUUAAAAGGGUUAGGGGUUCCUAGACAAGCAGACCAGACCGUUGGUGUGCGAGUUGUGCCCCCUGCUUCCUAUUCACAUAGAGAGAGUCCCAUCUUUUCUUACCAGCAGGAGUUACCAGAUCUUACUGAGGAAGCUUUGGAAGUUUUUGCUCUUCCUGCACCAGCUGAUCAGAAUGCUGAGAUACCAAUAGGACCUUCUAGUUCUUACUCACAUAAAGAGAAACUCAAGAUUUUACCAGACGAUCAAAAGACUGCGUUACCAUCAACUCCCUCUGGUUCCUACUCACAUAGAGAGAAGCCUAAGACUUCAACUGUGAUUGGACCAGCUGACCAGAAGACUCCAUUAUUGACAGGUUAUCCUAAUUCUUAUUCUCAGAGAGUAAAGCCUAGUAUUUUCCUGCAACAGCAGUUGGGAGAUAGACAUCAAAGUGGCGAUAUUCUGAAGAUUUCACCUGUUGCUGAGCCCACUGAUGUGAAUUCUCGGAUACCAAUACCUCUUUCUAGUUCCUAUUCACACAGAGAGAAAUCUAAUAUUUUCUACCCACAGGAACUGCCAGACAAACAUCUAAGUGAAGAUUCACUGAAGGUUUCAAUAGUUCCUGGACCAGCUGACAAAAAAACUGUGUUACCAGCAGUUCCUCCUAGUUCGUUUUCACAUAGAGAGAAACCAGCUAUAUUAUACCAUCAGGAUUUCCCAGAAAGACAUCUAACGGAAGAUAACCUGAAGUUCUCAAGCAGUCUUGGGCAAGCUGAUCAGAUUAAUGGGUUAUCAACAGUUCCCCCUGGUACUUACUCACAUAGUGAGAAGCACAAACUUGUUUCAGAUCAUGUCCAAAGGCUAACAGAUAAUUUGGAUUCUUCUCACACCAGUGUUAUCUCAAACAGUAUGCCUUUAAAGUAUCAGGCUGAUGGUAGAGUUGUAAUAAAUAAGCCAGAAUCUUCUGGUUUUGAAGAUGUUGGCUCUGAGGAAGUUCGGGAUACAGAAAACAGUUCCAAAACUCUUAAAGAGAUUCAGACACUUUUAAUGGAAGCGGAAAAUAUAGCACUAAGACGAUACAAUUUUCCUGCUCCCCUUGUCCCUUUCAGAGAUGUUUCAUUUAUACAGUCUAAGAAGAUGGUUUGCUUCAAAGAACCCCUCACAACUGAUGAAUCUGAUGGUGAUUUGUCUCAGAGACAGCCAUUCACAGAAGAAAGCCCAAGCAACAAGUGCAUACAGAAGGAUAUUAGCACACAGACGAAUCUGAAAUGCCAGAGAGGCAUUGAAAAUUGGGAGUUUAUUAGUUCAACUACAGUUAGAAGUCCUUUACAGGAAGCAGAAGGCAAAGCCAGGGCGGCAUUUGAUGAAACCCUUAAACAAUAUAAAGCAGCCAGAUCUGUAAUGAGAUCUGAACCUGAAGAGUAUAGUAGAACCAUUGGGAAUAAGAUUGUUAUCCCUAUGAUGACUAUCAUUAAAAGUGAUUCAAGUAGUGAUGCAAGUUCUUGCUCAUGGGACAGUAAUUCCUUGGAGUCAGUUUCUGAUGUGCUUCUAAAUUUCUUUCCAUAUUCUUCACCCAAGACAAGCAUGACAGAUAGCAGAGAGGAAGAGGGGAUGUUAGAGAGUGAUGAUGGUGGUGGAAGCAGUGUAGAUUCACUGGCUGCACAUGUGAAAAACCUUCUGAAAUGUGAAUCCUCAUUGAACCAUGCUAAACAAAUACUCAAAAAUGCAGAGGAAGAGGAAUCCCGGGUACGAGCACGAGCCUGGAAUCUGAAGUUUAAUAUGGCUCAUGAAUAUGGCUACUCCAUUUCAGAACUAAAUGAAGAUGACAGGAGAAAAGUAGAAGAGAUCAAAGCAAAGUUGUUUGGUCAAGGGAGAACAACUGACUUGUCCAAGGAUUUACAGAGUCCACGGGGAAUAGGAUGCAAGCCAGAAGCUGUUUGUAGUCACAUUAUUAUUGAGAGCCAUGAAAAAGGAUGUUUCAGAACUCUACCAGCUGAACGACCCCGAUUGGACAGCCACCCUUGUAUUUUUAGAUCUGCUGAACCCUCAGAAAUAGUCAGAGGACAACGGAGCCCAUCAUCAUGGAGAACUAGGCACAUCAACCUUUCCAAGUCACUGGACCAGAACAACUCCCAAUUCAAAGUUUGGAAUUCCUUGCAGUUACAAAGUCAUUCCCCAUUUCAAAACUUUAUCAGUGAUGACUUGGAAAUUAGCAAGGGCCUUCGAAUGCCAUUUCAUGAAAAGUUGGACCCUUGGCUGUCAGAAUUAGUAGAACCUGCUUGUAUGCCACCUGAAGAAAUGGAUUGUCAUUCUUCAUCACAAAUGCUGCCCCCAGAACCCAUGAAAAAGUUUACUACCUCCAUCACUUUCGCAUCUCACCGACAUUCUAAAUGCUUUUCAGAUUCCUCUUUUCUUAAGGUUGGUGUUACUGAAGGUAGCCAGUGUUCUGGACCAUCUGUGGGGGUAGUUAAUUCUCGUUUCACUGAAGAGCAGACUCCUCCUAGAGAUCUAAAACAGAGAACCUCUUCCCCUUCGUCACUUAAAGUCAUUAGUCAGUCACCAGAUAAAGCCGUGACUAUUUUAGCAGAAAAUAGUAGCCAAAGCCAAAAAUUAUCUGUUGAACAUUCUUACCAAGAAGAAAAACCCUUAGAAAGAUCAGAUUUUAAAAGCAGUCUUCCUAAGCCCACUGCCAGUGCAAAUGAUAGCAAUUUCAAAGAAGUUCAUUUUUCUGAUAAUCAUACUCUCAUUAGCAUGGGCAGACCAAAUUCCACACUAGAAGUAAAAGAGAAGAAUGUAACUAUUACUGCAGAUCUUCCUUCACACAUUUUUAUUGAACAAGAGGUCUUUGAACAAAGCAAAGCCCCACAUGCAGAUCACCAUGUGAGAAAACACCAUUCUCCCCCUCCUCAACAUCAGGAUUAUGUAGCUCCAAAUCUUCCUUGUCAUAUUUUUCUUGAAAAGCGAGAACUCUUUAAACAGAGCAAAGCCCCACAUGUAGAUCAGUUAAGAGAAAACCACUCUCCCCUUCCUCAGAGUCAGGAUUAUAUAGCUUCAGACCUUCCUUCUUCCAUUUUUCUUGAGCAGCGUCAACUCUUUGAACAAAGCAAAGCCCCAAAUGUAGAUCACCACCUGAGAAAACUCCAUUCCCCCCUUCCUCAAAGUCAGGAUUGUGCAGUAGAAAAGAAUAAUGAACAUAAGCCUAAGUUACACAUUUCUGAUGUGAUAGAUGUUGAAGCCAAAUUCAGUGAUGUGGUCUCCCCAUCAGUCCCAAGUCAAUGUACAGUAGUAACAUCUGCAUCUACUCCACCUUCAAAUAGAAAAGCACUUUCUUGUAUUCGUAUAACUCUUUGUCCCAAGACUCCUUCCAAGUUGGAUAGUGGAAACUUAGAUAAAAGAUAUCAUUCAUUGGAUCCUGCCACUAAAACAAGGAUGAAUAGUGAGUUUAACUCUGACCUACAAACUGUAUCUUCAAGAUCAUUGGAACCAACCUCCAAAUUAUUGAUCAGUAAACCUGUAGCACAGAAUCAAGAAUCUUUAGGUGUUCUAGGACCUAAAUCUUCAUCGGACUUUCAAGUCGUACAGUCUCCUCUGCCAGAUAGUAAUGUUAUUACUCAGGACUUGAAAACCAUACCUUUUCAGAAUAGCCAGAUAGUAACAUCAAGGCAAACACAAGUGAACAGUUCAGAUUUGGAAGAAUAUUCCAAUCCAGAAGGGACUCCGGUAUCUGCAGAUCGAUCACCAGAGGAGAUUAAGACGCUGUCUUCUCCCUUCUCUGGAAAAUUAUCAUCUGAUGCAGUCACUCAGAUAACAACAGAAAGUCCGGGUAAAGCCACAUUUUCAUCUGAAAUUUUUGUCAAUGCUGAAGAUCGUGGACAUGAAAUUCCAGAGCUCAAUACACAGAAGUCGGGCAAUGUUCCUGUCAAGUUUGCUUCAUCAUCUUCAGUUCAGCAGAUUACUGUUCCUCAUGGUACAGAUGGCCAGCCUUUACUAUUGCCAUAUAAGCCUUCUGGUAGUUCGAAGAUGUACUAUGUUCCACAAUUAACACAGAUUCCUUCGUCUGUGGAUUCCAAAUCAGACACCACCAUUGAGAGCUCACACUCAGGAUCCAAUGAUGCCAUUGCUCCAGAUUUCCCGGCUCAGGUGCUAGGCACAAGGGAUGAUGACCUGGCAGACACUGUUAACAUUAAACAUAAAGAGGGCAUCUACAGUAAGAGGGCGGUAACUAAGGCAUCCUUGUCAAUGGGGAAAAAACCCUUUCAGAAAGAUAAUGCAGAUGCUCAAGUUCAAGUUCUCAUCACUGGGGAUGAGGACCUCUCAGACAAAAACCAAGAAAAGGAGAUCUACGCUAAAAAGGCAGUGACCAAGACUGCUGGCUCUGAAGAAAAAGAAUCCUUGCAGAAAGAUAGCACAGGUUCCAGUACUGCUGCCGCUUCACAGCACUCAACUCAACUGCAAGACGCUAAAGCCAUUAAACAGAAAGAGGAGGUCCAUAGUAAGAGGAAGGUUCCUAAGGAAGCCUGGUCAGAAGAAAAGAAAUCCUUACAGAUAGAUAUUGCAGAAUCCAGAUGUCAUUCGGAAUUUGAAAAUACUACCCAUUCUGUAUUCAGAUCAGCUAAGUUUUAUUUUCAUCAUCCAGUGCACCUAUCAAGUGAUCAAGAUUUUUGCCAUGAAUCCUUAGGAAGAAGUGUUUUCAUGAGGCAUUCUUGGAAAGAUUUCUUUCAACAUCAUCCAGACAAACAAAGAGAAUACACGUGUCUUCCUUCCCCUUGUCAAAAUAUGGAAAAGACAAAGACAGAUUAUACCAGAAUAGAGAGCCUCAGUAUCAAUGUAAACUUGGAAAACAAGGAAUUGAAGCAUGCUACUAAAAGUCAGGCUAGAGAUUUUCCAAAAUCUGACAAACAAAUUAAUGAUGUAAAAAAGGAUCCUAAGGCCACCGCAGAGCUAACGGCCGAGCACACUGUGACGUUGAAUGAGCUCUGGAACAGAUAUCAGGAACGACAGAAGCAACAGAAACCUCAGUUCAGUGCCAAGAAGGAGCUUUCCUUGGUGGAGCGACUUGAUCGUUUGGCUAAACUUCUUCAGCACCCCAUCACACAUUCUCUCCAGCCCUCAGAAAGUACGCAGGAUGACAGCAGGGGGGAGCAAGAUGUUAAGGAAUGGAGUGAUAAACAGCAACAGCAGAGAAACAAGCUUCAGAAAAAGAAACGGUAUAAAAGCCUGGAGAAAUGCCACAAACACACAGGUGAUCUUAAAAAAAGUAAGAUUCUUUCUACUCAUCAAGCUGGGAGGGCCAAUCAGAUUAAAAUUGAACAGUUUAAGUUUGAUAAAUACAUCCUGAGAAAGCAGCCAGGUUUUCAUUAUAUAAAUAACACUUCUUCAGAUUCUAGACACUCAGAGGAUAGUGAGCUGCUCACAGAUACAGCCACCAACAUCCUUUCUACCACCACUUCCCCUGUGGAAUCAGAUAUAUUGACCCAGACGGAUAAGGAAGUGACUUUGCAUGAGAGGAGCAGCUCAAUCUCCACCAUCGACACUGCCCGACUGAUCCAUGCUUUUGGCCAUGAAAGAGUUUGUCUGUCACCCAGGCGAAUUAAAUUGUACAGCAGUGUCACCGACCAUCAGAGGAGAUACCUUGAGAAGCGGAGCAAGAAAAACAAGAAAGCGUUGAAUACAGGUUAUCCCCAAAUUACUUCAGAGCACACCAGAAGGAAACACAUCCAGGUGGCAGACCAUGUCUCUUCUGACUCUGUUUCAUCUUCUACCAGUAGUUUCUGGAGCUCAAACUCUACCCUUUGCAACAAGCAAAAUGCACAUAUGUUAAAUAAGGGCGUACAAGCAGGUAACUUGGAGAUUGUGAAUGGUGUCAGAGAAAACACUCGAGAUGUUGGAAUGACUUUCCCAACUCCAAGUUCUAGUGAGGCUAGAGUAGAAGAGGACAGUGAUGUGACUUCUUGGUCAGAAGAAAAAAUAGAAGAGAAGAGGCUCCUUACCAGUUACCUUGGGGACAAAAAGUUAAAGAAGAACAAGAAGAGCUGCUGUGAAGGAGUUUCAUGGUUUGUUCCUGUGGAAAAUAUGAAGUCUGGUCCUAAGAAGGAAAACAUGCCCAAGCUUCAUGGCCCUGGUGUCUCCUGGUUUGCACCAAUAACCAACACCAAACCUUGGAGGGAGCCACUGCGGGAACAGAACUGGCAGGGACAGCACAUGGACAGUCACAGUUCACUAGCCGGCCCAGGCAAAGAUACACUGAAGCCAUUUGUGAGAGCAACCCUCCAGGAAUCACUUCAGCUUCACAGACCAGACUUCAUCUCCCGCUCUGGGGAACGGAUAAAGCGCCUGAAGUUAAUAGUCCAGGAGAGGAAGCUGCAGAAUAUGCUACAGAGUGAGCGGGAGGCACUGUUCAAUACUGUGCAAGAAUGGCAGGGCUACCGGGACCCCGUGCACCUGCUCCGUAAGAGAGGCUUCCUGGCAGCCCAAAAGAAAAGGCCUAUUGGAAAGAAGGAAAUGAUUCAGAGGUCUAAACGGAUUUAUGAACAGCUUCCCGAAGUACAGAAAAAGAGAGAAGAAGAAAAGAGGAGAUCAGAAUAUAAGUCAUACCGUCUGCGAGCCCAGCUGUAUAAAAAGAAAGUGACCAAUCAACUCUUGGGGAGAAAAGUUCCUUGGGACUGAAAUAAAGAGUAUUUUCCUCAGCGCCUUGGAAUUAUAUUUUAUCAGCUUGGAGGAACACAAUCCUUAGUUUUAUGAGUCUGGUUGAAUAAAACUUGUUGUCCAUGUGUAAUGUAGAAGUAGUUACCUUCUAAAGAGUCUUGGGUAGAAUGAUGACUAAGAUUAUUAAUGGUUUAGGAGCAGUAUUUCUCCACAGUGGCCUUACCCACAAGGAUAUUUGUUACAGUGAUACUACCUUAAUUCUAGCCAAGAGUAAGUCCCUUUUUGUAUGUGUUUUUAUAGAAAAUAAAUAACUUCUGAUUGACUCAUAGUAAAGCAAGCAGCAGCAGGUUUUUUAUUUUCCAUCUGGAGAGGUGCCGGGAGCUAGGCAGUGUUUCCCAGGGGUGUGUGGGAGCCUUCAACCUAAAAGUGCCAGUCAAGGGAAAUGGGCUGUUAGAGAAAAUGUGGUCUCUCUUUAGAAAUGCCAUGUGAUGUAGUGAGAGCCCUUUUGUUGAUUCUGUGGAGACAGUGUCUGCUUAGGUAGCCAUUGAGUGGGUCCAGGGACUCGAGGCAGACACAGGCACCUUGGGUCCAGAGCCACGUCCUAGCCUCACUCCAGCUUCCCUCAGGGCCACUAGCCUUUAGUAGACACAACUCAGGAGACAACAGUAGCUGGAUUUAAAUCAUGACCUGGUCCUGGCCAGAGAGAUGCAGGUAGUGCCACUUCUGGGUCUAGUCCUGUCCCUGGCUGCCUUCUCCCCUUCAGCAGAGACCUUGGGAACCGUAACAGAUUGAUGGCAUCAUUGGCCCCAGUCCUUCUCACAUGGAUUCUUCUCACACGCCUUCUCCACGCCCUCUUCAUAUGAUUUUGCAUUUCCAUUCACUGAAAGUGGGGAGGGUCCCUGGCAUGACACCUGGACACCAAAGGGGCGACCCAGCCUAAGCUGCUGACCCACAGAUUCAUGAGCCAAAGAAAAAGGUUUACUAUUGUUUUGUGGUAGUUUUUCACGCAACAACCUGUUGGCAUUAGAUAAAUGAAACAGUAGCAAUCCCAAGAGACUGAAUGGAGCAGAGCCACCCCACCCCCAGCGCCACUAUGCAAAGCCA